CAACAUGUUUGAGAUUACAUACUCGUAUUUUGUAAUUUGUUUUCAAAUUGUUUUUCUAUCAUCAACCAUCUGCUUGUAAAUACGUUUAUUUUGUGUUCAAUUUGUUUUAAGUGGCAAUAAUAGACAUAGAAAAUAACUAUUAUUUUAGUGAAAUAAUAAAAAGUUUUAUUAUUGUUUAUCAGAUAUCAAGUCCGUACUAUCAACAAUGGCGUGGUCGGGAUAUCAGAAGUUUCUAGCAUCGAUGAUGGUUGUAACGGGUUCAAUCAAUACCCUAUGCACAAAAUGGGCUGACAAAUUGGAAGCUAAAGGCUCCGAUGGAGUAGUCCGAGAGUUUGAGCAUCCGUUUUUACAAGCUGCAGCUAUGUUCUUGGGAGAAAUGUUGUGCUUGCUCACCUUUAAAGUUAUAUUCCGAUUAGUCGGCGGAGACCAGUCAUUAACACGGGGCGAUCAAAACUUUAAUCCUUUCAUACUUAUGCCAGCCGCCAUGUUUGAUUUAAUCGGUACCUCCAUAAUGUACAUAGGAUUGACCUUGACAUAUGCAAGCAGUUUUCAAAUGUUCCGAGGCUCUAUUAUAAUAUUUGUGGCCAUGCUCUCUAUGACUUUCUUAGACAGGACGAUACUGAAGCGGGAGUGGGCAGGCAUUCUCAAUGUUAUCAUCGGUUUAAUAAUAGUGGGAGCGACCGACGCCAUUUUCCAGUCCAGCGGCGAAUCCAAGGGCAGGAACAGCCUGAUCACAGGCGACCUACUCAUAAUUGUAGCACAGGUCAUUAGCGCCUGUCAGAUGGUGUAUGAAGAGAAAUAUGUCGCAGGGUUGAACAUCCCACCAUUGCAAGCGGUCGGCUGGGAAGGCGUGUUCGGCUUUUCUGUGCUGUCCGUGUUGCUAGUAAUAUUCUAUUGGAUACCAGCACCACCGCACUUUGGAAAUAACGCGAGGGGCACGGUCGAAGACGCGAUCGAUGGACUCGUGCAAAUAAGCAAUAACCCGGUUCUGCUAGCUGCCAUAUUGGGUACGAUAGUGUCCAUAGCGUUCUUCAAUUUCGCCGGCAUAAGCGUCACCAAAGAGAUGUCCGCCACUACACGAAUGGUUUUAGACUCUAUACGGACAUUCGUCAUAUGGAUGGUCUCCCUCGCCGUGAGGUGGCAGGACUUCCACUGGCCACACCUCAUCGGAUUUGCUGUCCUGAUAUUGGGCACGGCGAUGUACAAUGGUCUGGUUAAAAUUCCACCCUGCCGUCGGAACAGGCCUGAACACGAAAGGGUACCAGAAAGCGAGGUGGUCAACACAGCCGCGGACAGACCUGGGACUGAAGGUCAAGCGUAGAUACCCCAAUAAGGUAUACCAAGGUGACCAGUAUUCGUGAUUUGUAUAACUUUCCAAAUAAUAAAUUUUUUGACGUUAUCAAUAUAGUCACAGACAGGUCUAAAACUAAGGCUGAAGCAUAGUCACCCUAAUGAAAAUAAUGGUAAUAGGUAUACCAAGUUUAUCCGCGUGCAUGAAACCAUACAACUUCACCAAACUACCGCGUACAGGUUCAAAAAUAAGGGUGAAGCGUAAACCUAAAUAAAUCAAGCUUACCAAUAUUCAUGAAACCGAAUAACGUUCUGAAAACAAUCAUAUUUAAAUAAUAUAAAACAAACGAGCACCUCUAUUUCCCCACUCAUAUCUUGUGAACGGUGCUCUGGAUUUUGAUAGUGGCUUCACUGUCAUUUAGGUUUCUUUUUUUAAAAAAAAAAAAAAGGUUUUAUGUCUUUCCUUUUGCACCUAUCAGAAUCUAAAGGAGAU